AUGCAUCAUAUACCUCGACUCUCAGAAGCGAUUUACGUAGGACUGUGUCGUAAAGUAGGGAGCCCUACAGAAGUGAUAUUCAGGAGGGAAAAGAUGGACACUGAGGAAAUGGUGAGUAAACCUGUGUACAUCAUGCGGGGAUUUGACAGAAUGACGAGUGGGAGUAGACGUGAGGGAUUCAGACUACCUACUUCUGAUAUAGAUUUCAUGCAUUGGUAUACAGACCACAAGGUUAUAUGCGAUCUCUCACAGAUCAGUUUCUACCAUAUCCCACAGCACAGCGUGAUUCUGAUGGAGUGUGAGGGUUUACCACCAGGAUUUACCAGACUCAAUCUAAUGACUCAAUCAACUAGUCCAGAAAUCAGAUCCUCCUGUAUAAUGAGCAAUAACGAAGUUUAUAUAUCUAGUACAUUGUUUCGCGAGAACCAUUUGCAUUUAAUCUGGUCCCAAUGUCACGGCUGGGCCUCUCCUUUCCUCCAUGGACCUUGUUCUACGAUUGUCGUACAACAAGAAAACGAAGUAGACAAUGCAUACUGUUUGCAGUCACAGCACUGGCCGAUAGGAGCUCUACCAUGGAUACAAAGAUGUCGACAACAAGGUUGGCCAUCCGAAAAUGUUGUAUCGGAUAUAUUAAACGGAGGAUUCCAUGUUGUUCCCAUCGGUAGCACACCUGAAAAUGGAGAUGAAUGGAGAAUCUCAUUCUCGCUAGCAGAACAAAAACUUGUUUAUUCAAUGAAUCAUUGUCAGUUUUUGUGCUAUGGUCUCUUUAAAAUUUUCCUUAAAGAGAAAUGUGGAGGGUCGAUGGAAAAACAGAUCCAUGCUGGAGCUAAUGAGGUGGCUUCGCUGAAAAAGAGCAGAAACUUCAAAGUGCACGUAGAUAGACAUCAAAGACAUAAGGAUCGGAGGAAUGAGAAGAGGGGAAAAUCUACAGGAGCCAUAGGAGGGACAGACAGAGCUUAG